ACAUACCAGACGAACGUAACAUUGUGUUUUUAUUGUAUCGUUCAAUCGACGCACUUGUUUAAUGAAUUUUGAUUAAAGCAAAAAAGUGAUUUUGAUAUUACAAGUAUUAUAAAAAGACUGUGUUUUAGUGGAGUGUUAUUUCUUGGAGGUUAUUAUUAUUAAUUAUCAUAAUUAAUGUCUUGAUAAGGUCAGUCGAGCGAGUACAAGACCCUCAAACUUAAAGAAAAAGGAUGCUGAAGGAACGGGAAAGUUUGGAAAGAUCAUCACCGUGCUCAUUGGGUAGUUCCGGAUUGGAUGUGGUUUCUUGCGCGGGAUGUGGUGGACGAAUCCACGAUCGAUAUUAUCUUUUAGCCGUGGAUAGACAAUGGCACGCGCAUUGUUUGAAAUGUUGCGAAUGUAAAUUACCUUUAGACACUGAAUUGACGUGUUUUGCCCGGGAUGGAAACAUUUAUUGCAAAGAAGAUUAUUAUAGAAUGUUUGCAGUUUCAAGAUGUGGUAGAUGUCACGCAGGGAUAUCAGCAAAUGAACUAGUAAUGAGAGCUCGUGAUCUCGUCUACCAUUUACAUUGUUUCUCCUGUACAUCAUGCGGCGUGCCAUUAUCAAAAGGUGAUCACUUCGGAAUGAGAGAAGGUCUCGUUUAUUGCAGGCCUCAUUAUGAACUGUUGGAUUACUGCGAUCCACCCGAUCCCAUGGAUUUGGUUUACAGGGGUGGUGAAUCCCCGGGUUACUAUCCAGCUACGCCUCCACAUCAUCAUCAAAAGGGGAGACCUCGAAAACGAAAAUUGGGUAGCGACGGAGAAUCGACUUGUGGAGAAAUGCCUGUUACUAUGAGAAUGUCUACUUUAGAAAUGCUACAACAAGGCGACCUUUCCUCCUCAAUGGAAUCGUUAGCAUACGAUUCUUCAGUGACAUCACCAGCAUCGAGUACCGGUCAACAAUCACAACGAACGAAACGGAUGCGAACAUCAUUCAAACACCAUCAAUUAAGAACGAUGAAAACGUAUUUUGCAAUCAACCAAAAUCCAGAUGCAAAAGACCUAAAGCAAUUGGCCCAAAAAACUGGAUUGUCAAAGAGGGUUCUGCAAGUUUGGUUUCAAAACGCGCGCGCUAAAUGGAGGAGGAAUCUGAUGCGUCAAGAAGGUGGUGGAGGUGGACAGGUGACCCCCAAUGGUCCAACUAGUGGUGGACCUUCACCCUCCACCCCCGGAAUGAUCGAUUCAACAAUUCAACAACAUCAAUCGUCUUUGGAGGAUAUUCAUCGGCAUAUUCAUCAAAAUUCCCAAACGUUAAAUUUUGGCGAUAUCUAUUAAAUAAAAAUUAUAGUAAAACAAUAUAUUUGAUGAAAAAUAUUGGAUGAAAAAUAUUGAAAGAGAAAGAUUCAAAAAACAAGAAAAAAAAGAGGAGGGAUUUCCCAAGAAGAUAAUGUUCCUUUUAAUAUAGUGAUAUAGAUUAAAGAAUAAAAACGGAUUUCGGACACAAUUUACGUUUUAUUCUUCUAAUUGCUUUCAGUGGUUUUUGUUAACACCUAAUAGUUGCCACGUUUAACUAAAAUAAUUGUAUUAUAGGUACGGAAUUAUGUGCAAUUUCUUUUUUAAAUUGAAAUUAAACUAGAAUGGUGUACGAGUACGCGUAGAAGUAUUAUGUGAAUUUGUGAUUAUUCAUUUUUACCUUAUUUUUCUAGAAGUAGGGUAACUGUACAUAAUGUCGAUGAUUUAUAAUAAUAUAUUUAAAAUAAAAAUCAUUAAA